AUGGAGAGGGACGUAACGGCUGCUGAACACAAGUCUAACUGGUCUCCUUACAACCAUUGUAUCAGGCUUGAACUCUCGCGAUCGCCGGCGAUGACAGUAAUCAUGGUGAUGCAUCGGCAGCAAGGAGGAGAAAAGAACCGAUUAGAACAAAAACAACGACAAUCACACAACCAACUGUGUGUCUGCUUCAAUAGAAGUGGUGCAUCAGCGGCUAAAGAUGAGAACCCGACAGCAUCCAAAGUUUGCUUUCUAUCCUUUUUCUAUCUCGGUACUCUUGUCAUAAACAAGAAGGUGUCGCUGGUUGUCUCCUUUGGUCAAAAAAACGAGAGGAAAGGGGUGGUGGCGGAUGGUGAACUCUGA